AGUUGGUUGUAGGCCGGUUGCGUCAGAAGGUCGUCGUUUGGAAAGUUUGCGAGUUUGCAAGUCCAAAAACAAAACAAAAACAUGGCUCACGUUGACAAGAGUGAAAUUAUGGACCAGGUGAAGCAACAGAUUGCCGUUGCAAAUGCCCAAGAGCUGCUCUCACAAAUGUCCACAAAAUGCUUCGCGAAAUGCAUCAACAAACCAGGCACUUCCCUUGACGGAUCUGAACAGAAAUGCAUUUCCCUGUGUAUGGAUCGCUUUAUGGAUUCGUGGAAUCUUAUCGCCCGGGCUUAUGGUCAGAGGUUACAACGUGAGCAAUCGAAAAAUUGAGCAGCGUGUGCGGCGCUAAAUGAGGCCAACAGCUGCAUCAUCAACUACUCCUUGUUGAUAGUUUGUUCCACUUAGUUAUAUUCGUUGUUGAAAAUGAUAUGCGUAAUAAACAAAAGUUUCAUACA